AUGCUAGGUACUGCACUGCAGUUUGGAGGUGUUCGUGGUGGUGGUGGUGACGAUCGGGUUUAUAUUCCGGUUAAGGCUAGGAAGAAUCAGAACCAGCGUAAGCAAGCUCAGAAAGCUAAGAAUGGUGAAGAGGAAAUUGCAGAUUCAGCUUUUGAUGAUAAUAAUAAUCCCAAACAAUGUUUGGACUCACCAUCGACUGUUCCCUCGGUAGAGUCUGUUAGUAACAUCGAUAGGUUCUUGGAUUCCACUAAGCUAUUGGUACCAGCUCAGUAUUUCUCCAAGACGACAAUGAGAGGCUGGAAGACUUGUGAUGUUGAGUAUCAGUCUUACUUUGCUCUGAAUGAUCUAUGGGAAUCAUUUAAGGAGUGGAGUGCAUAUGGUGCUGGAGUCCCUUUACUUCUUGAUCAAAGGGAAUCUGUAGUUCAGUACUAUGUUCCGUAUUUGUCAGCUAUUCAGCUAUAUGGUCAACCUACUGAGAAGUCAAGUGCCAAGCCAAGGUACACAAGUGAAGAUAGUGAUGGUGAUUACUACAGAGAUUCGUGUAGUGAAGGAAGCAGUGAUUAUGAAUACGGAAAAAAGACUGAAUGUCUUACAGCACAGAGAAGCAGUAAACACCUGACAAGUAGUAUCUCUUCUCAAAUGAGCACACUGUCUAUACAUGACAGACACAAUACAGUACAAGAAGGCUUUUCUAGUAGUGAUGAUAGUGAAACUGGGAAUCCUCAAGAACUUCUUUUUCAGUAUUUGGAACAAGGUCAUCCUUAUAGCCGUGAACCGCUGACCGACAAGAUACUAGAUCUUGCACGUGAUUAUCCUGCCCUCAUGUCAUUGAGAAGUUGUGAUUUAUUGCCAUCUAGUUGGAUGUCUGUUGCAUGGUAUCCUAUAUAUCGAAUACCUACAGGUCCCACUUUAAAAGAUUUAGAUGCCUGCUUUCUAACCUACCAUACACUCCAUACACCCUUGACAGUUGCAGGAAGUGUUACUACGCCUGGUCUUACCCUGGUUUAUCCUAGUGAGAUGGAUGGUAUACCAAACAUUUCCAUACCUACUUUUGCAAUGGCUGCUUAUAAAUUAAAGGGAUCUAUUUGGAUGAAAAAAGAAGCCAGUGACAAUCAAGUAAUGCAUUCACUCUUGCAAGCUGCAGAUAAAUGGUUAAGGCUAGUUCAGGUGACUCACCCGGAUCAUCAGUUUUUUAAAUCACAUGGCACAUACUGCAAAUGA